AUGAACCUAGAGGGCAGCGGCCGUGGCAGCGAGUUCGGCAUGAGUUCCGUGAGCUGUGGCAACGGGAAACUCCGCCAGUGGCUGAUCGAUCAGAUUGACAGCGGCAAGUAUCCCGGGCUGGUGUGGGAGAACGAGGAGAAGAGCAUCUUCCGCAUCCCCUGGAAGCACGCGGGCAAGCAGGACUACAACCGCGAGGAGGACGCCGCGCUCUUUAAGGCUUGGGCAUUAUUUAAAGGAAAGUUCCGAGAAGGCAUUGAUAAGCCAGACCCACCUACCUGGAAAACACGUUUGAGAUGUGCUUUGAACAAAAGCAAUGAUUUUGAGGAAUUGGUUGACAGGAGCCAGCUGGAUAUUUCAGAUCCGUACAAAGUCUACAGAAUUGUUCCUGAGGGAGCUAAAAAAGGAGCAAAGCAACUCACCCUGGAGGACCCCCAGAUGACCAUGAGUCACUCAUACACCAUGGCAGCUCCCUAUCCUUCACUACCAUCUCAGGUUCAUAACUAUAUGAUGCCACCCCAUGACCGAAGCUGGAGGGACUAUGUCCCCGAUCAGACACACCCAGAAAUUCCCUACCAAUGUCCUGUGACGUUUGGGCCCCGCGGUCAUCACUGGCAAGGCCCCACUUGUGAAAAUGGUUGCCAGGUAACAGGAACCUUUUAUGCUUGUGCCCCACCUGAGUCCCCGGCCCCUGGAAUUCCCAUAGAGCCAAGCAUAAGGUCUGCGGAAGCCUUGGCGCUCUCAGACUGCCGGCUCCACAUUUGUUUGUACUAUCGGGAAAUCCUGGUGAAAGAGCUGACCACCUCGAGCCCUGAGGGGUGCAGGAUCUCCCACGGGCACACCUACGAUGUCAGCAACUUGGACCAGGUUCUGUUUCCCUAUCCAGAGGACAGUGGCCAGAGAAAGAACAUCGAGAAACUGCUGAGCCACUUGGAGAGGGGUGUGGUUCUCUGGAUGGCCACCGAUGGGCUCUAUGCCAAAAGACUUUGCCAGAGCAGGAUCUACUGGGACGGGCCUCUGGCCCUGUGUAGUGACCGGCCCAACAAGCUGGAAAGAGAUCAGACCUGCAAGCUUUUUGAUACUCAGCAGUUCUUAUCAGAGCUACAAGCAUUUGCUCUUCAUGGACGCUCCCUCCCAAGGUUCCAGGUGACUCUGUGCUUUGGCGAAGAGUUCCCAGACCCUCAGAGGCAGAGGAAGCUUAUCACUGCUCACGUUGAACCUCUACUAGCCAGGCAGCUAUUUUAUUUUGCUCAGCAAAACAGUGGACAUCUACUCAGGAGCUAUGACUUACCUGAACACAUCACCAGUCCAGAGGAUUAUCACAGAUCCAUUCGUCACUCCUCCAUUCAAGAAUGA